AUGCUAUCAACACACCAAGAAGAUGACGAAGCUAUGCGUCACCACCAAUUCCUGGGGCUGUUGGUGAUGCCAACCUUCUGUCAAUGCUUCUUCAUCACCUACAUAAGAUCCAACAGCUUCAGACAAGCAUACCAAGAGCAACUCAAUAUUCUAACUUUAGUUUUAUUUCAUAUAAGCCCACAAAUAUUCACAAAUGGCUACCUCGGAGUGGAUAUAUUUUUCGUUUUAUCUGGAUUUCUAAUGGCAAAAUGUUUGAGUAAACACAAAAUCACCCCAAAAUCGGUAUUGUAUUUCUAUUACAAAAGAGUAAAACGAAUUGCUCCUCUAUAUUACCUCACGUGUUUUCUAAUCAUCGUUGCUAUUCAGUUUUUCCUAUGCGAUUUUUGGUGGAAAGCUAAUUAUCGUUAUUCAAUUGCCUCAUUAUUUUUCGUUACAAAUCAACUGAUUAUACAUGAUAGCGGAAAUUAUUUUGACGAGUUUCUUGUCGAUGGAUCUUCUCUCAACGCAUUUAUCCAUUUUUGGUCGCUUGGUGUCGAAAUGCAGUUUUAUUUACUUGUGCCUUUUAUAUUUUUGGGACUUCAACUUCUAAAAAGCAACAUUUUGAAACUAGCGGCUUGUAUAUGCAUGACCAUAUUCGGUUGUGCCGCUUUUUUGCUCAUCAAUGAACAAUUUGCUUUCAAUUUCAUGUUUCUUCGGUUAUGGCAAUUUUCGGCUGGAUUUGUGGCCCAUUUUUUAUCUGAAAUUGAAAGUUAUUCAUUUUUAAAGCCAUCUGACGCAACAAAUGCUAUUUUGCCUUUUUUACUUCUUCUAUUUCUACCAAGUCCGUUGAACUCAAAAUUUUAUCGACCAUUCAUUACCCUUUUAACAACGUAUUUGCUUUAUUUGGAAGACAAAGAGCAUCAAAUUUUUAAUUCAAAAAUUUUGAAUUACAUCGGGAACAUCUCUUACACCGUUUAUCUUAUUCAUUGGCCGAUCAUUACCAUAUUUGGAGGCGCUUCGAUUUCUGCAAAUUUGCAAUGUCUAGUUCUUAUCGCUGUAAUCAGCAUUCUAAUACAUCAUCUUUUCGAGAAAAAAUAUUUGAAAAUGGAAAUGAAAUCGAUUCUUAUUCUAAUUUCGACGUUGAUUGUGAUGAACUUUUUCUUACAAUCCAGUAUUCGGAAUCACGAUUUUUGGAAAACCAAUUACACGGAUGAAGAGCAAGAAUUGAUCGAUAAGAACACAGCGAUGCUACCGUACAGUUGGCUGGCAACUGAACACAGAGAGCCGUGUGUUUACCUGAACACGUUCGAAGAUAGCGAAGAAGCCGUGUUCAACCGAUUUGGCCACUGCGUGUUUCCAAACGGAAAUGGUUCACUCAGGAUAAUGGUCAUCGGCAACAGUUAUGCCAUGAAUUUUGUUGAAUCGAUCAGAAAACAUUUCAAUUAUAAUUACUCUACUUUUAGUUAUGUGGGAUUAUACGUUUACAUUCUUGGACCAUUUCCAUAUGAGAGUCAAAAUGUUCUUAACGGUUUCCUUCAAUAUGCGAUCAAGAAGCCAGAUGAUGUUGAAUUGCUCAAUUUGGACAAGAAAGUUGGCGAUCGACGCCUGAAAUACGCUCGAAAACGAUUAAGCGAAAUGAAGUGCAGAAAUUGCGAAAUAAUUGACUUGGCCCCACUUCUUGUGAAAAACGAGAAAUAUCGAGUUUUCGAUGCGGAUAAAAUGCUCUCAUAUCUUGAUAAUACCGUUCAUUUCACACAGGCUGCUUUGGACGUUUUCGAACCGGUUUUCCGGAAUAUCUCACAAAUUGUCAUGGACAAUUAUUAA